ACCGUCCACCCUUCAACAAGCUCCCAUUUAACCACCAAAAUGGCCAAACUCUCUUUAACCCCCAUAUCCACACUCAUCUCCCCAGUCCGCCGCCACCGUCCACCGCACUCCUCCCUCCAAACCACCGCCGCCGCCUCCGCCGCCGCCACCACCACCACCACCACCACCACCAACACCAUGCCUGACCAACACACUCCCCACCCUUCCCUCGAGAUAAUCGGUGGCGCACGUGACCUCUUUCUCCCAGCCUUCAAUUCCUUGCACCGUCCUUACACUCCUUUCCCUCUUCUCGGCAAUAACUGUCACGUCGAAACCAUUUUUGCUUCAUUCUUUCGUGCCACCCCUGAUGCCAGGCUUAAACGUGAGUGCCUCCGUACAAAAGAUGAUGGUGCUGUCGCUCUUGAUUGGGUCUCCGGUGACCACCAAAUCUUGCCACCAAAUUCUCCUGUUCUCAUUUUACUGCCAGGAUUAACAGGAGGGAGUGGGGAUUCAUAUGUAAGGCAUAUGUUAAUUAAAGCAAGAAAUAAAGGGUGGCGUGUUGUUGUUUUUAAUAGCAGAGGAUGUGGAAACAGCCCUGUCACUACUCCUCAGUUCUAUUCGGCUUCGUUUAUAGGAGAUAUGCAUGAAGUGGUGGCACAUGUUGGGACUAGAUAUCCAAAUGCUAAUUUGUAUGCUGUUGGGUGGUCUCUUGGUGCCAACAUUCUUGUCAAUUAUUUGGCUCAGGAACCUCAAACAAUAACCGGGGCUGUAUCAUUGUGUAAUCCUUUCAAUUUGGUCAUUGCAGAUGAGGACUUCCGUAAGGGCUUUAAUGUUGUUUAUGACAAAGCUCUCACAAAUGCUCUGCGUAAAAUUCUUAAGAAUCAUGCUAUUCUCUUUGAAGAUAUGGGUGGUGAAUAUAAUAUACCUUUGGCUGCCAAUGCCAAGUCUGUCAGGGAGUUUGAUGAAGGACUAACCCGAGUUUCAUUUGGUUUCAAGUCGGUGGAUGACUACUACUCUAAUUCAUGCAGUUCAGAUUCCAUAAAACACGUUCGCACACCUUUGCUUUGCAUCCAGGCCGCCAAUGAUCCAAUUGCUCCAGCCCGGGGAAUUCCUUAUGAAGAUAUCAAGGAAAAUCCAAAUUGUCUGCUCAUCGUGACACCCAAAGGUGGCCAUCUAGGGUGGAUUGCUGGUAGUGAAGCUCCACUUGGGGCUCCUUGGACUGAUACAAUAGUGAUGGAUUUCCUAGAAUAUCUACAAAGUGGUGCAUGUGAAGCCCCGGCAUCGCAUAGCGGCACAGAAGGCGUGCAACACUCUACCGAGGCCAUGCAUCACCUAAAAUUAUAGCCCAGCAAACAGGACACAUCCAUGCUAUCCAACAGUUGGUAUUUGUUGGCUAUGGAACCGUUUUCAGUAUACAAUUGGAAAUAUAAAAAUUCGAUUAUUUGAACUUUCUGAUAUCUCAGAAUGUUGCAUUCUCAGAUCAUGAACCUGUGAUAUUUAUAUACCUCCUAAAAAUGACAAUUAAAUUUUAUCA